CGCUUUCUGUCCGAGUUGUGGCUGCCGAGGUAACUCGGGACGGGCCAACCGUGUAUCGGCUGCGAGUCUCGGACGUCGACUGCCUGACGGGCAUCCCGUCGUCAUGGCACAUCCAUCGACGCUUCUCCGAGCUGCUUGCUCUGCACUCUGCUCUGAACAAGAUGCUCACGCUCGAUCACCGAUCGCUCCUCCCGGUCUUUCCUCCCAAGCGCUACUUUCGCAACAAGGCCGCGGCCUUUAUCGCCACCAGAUCUCGCGCACUCCAGACAUACUUUGACGAGCUGACCGCCUCGCCGCUGCUUGCUUCGCUCGGUUUUCUGCGCUGGGCGCUCCAGCCGCCGCCCUCCCUUCGCUCGCUCCUUGCUCACAUCAAAGUGGCGAGUGAUCCUACUGUCAAGGCCUUUGAUGGCCUGCUCGCUAGCGUGGAUGCCCGGAUUCGCUCGCUCGACGCCGGCCUGGCUCGUGGUGGCCUGGCAUGGUGCGAGGUUGUAUGGGCUGGUUAUGGCGAGCCGCUAGCAAAAGCUGGCAUCGACGAGCUGCUGGCGGCGGCGCGCGCCAUUCCGUAUCCCAUCCGCUCGUCGGGUGCAGAGACUCAGGUGCUCGCUCGGGCACGGAUUAUUGAGCUGCUUCACGAUGGGCUCGACGAGGACAGCGACGCCGCCGGCGACGAGCACCCGCAUCUCGCUGCCAUGCUUGACGCCGACUUGCCGCGGACGCUCCGCGGUGCGCGCUGGCUGCACACGCCGCAGGCGCGAGCGUUGCAUCGUGGUUUGAUUGAGCGGUAUGUGAAGACCCGCCCUGACGACGGGUACUCGCAAGCCCUGGCCAUGCCUGUGGCGGCUAUCAUGUUUGUGGCACUCGAUGGGAGGGUGCUUGGUCCGCACUCGCUUGACAGCAGCGAGGCGACAUGCUGUGUGGCGAAUGCGCUUGCACCUGCUGUGGUGGCCGAGCUGGACCUUGUAGUUGGUCAUGUCCUAGAUCGGCUGGCCGCGUUUCGCCAGGCGUCGAUGGUGGUGACCGAGCGUGUCACCGCGCGUGUCGUCGCGUCCGGACCUGGCGCUGCGGUUGCGAGUGCACUCGAGGCCGCUGGCCUCGACCUGGUUGUCCUCCUCCCACGGUGGCUCAAGCUGAUGUGGCUCGACGAGCUGCCAGGCUUGGCAACGCUAGCGCUUCUGGACGCGGUCAUCACUGCCGACACGGAUGACGAUGCGUGCGAGCUGGUCGAGGCCGCAUGCGUGGCGCUCAUUCUCUUCCUCCACCACCAGCAGGUAUUUGAAGAUCCGGCUUUGAUCUUCCGACUCUGCAAGUCGGUAAGCCCAUGGGCUGGUGAUCCAGCUGCCGCUAAUCCAACCUGGCUGGUUGAUGGCGCCGCCGCUGUUAGCCUUGCUGCGCCUGCUACCAACAGGUGA